UUGCCUUCGCAGGGCGGUUUUGCUGUGGGACAGGCGCGAGGAGGCGGAGUUGAGGGCGCGCGCAGGGCACGAGGCAGGGAACGACGUGGUGGGGGGGAAGACGGCGGGUUUGUUUGUUUGUUUUUGCGGUUUGCUGCAGCGCUUCACGGACGUGGAUUCUCGGUGGCUGCCGGAGUUACAGCGGGGGACAGCAGGGGAAGUGGACGACCGAGACUCCUUGGUUUUGUUGCUAAGCAGUGUAAAGUUAUCGGGAAUGUUUCCAAUAUGGAUGUGCACAAAAUGGCACAGAGGUUUCAUAUAAGAAAUAAAGAGUUCCGACUCCCAGUUGAAUCACUGAGAAAUCCCAACUUGCAGUGUCCUUCACCUGAAGGUAAAACAGCAGUGUUGCGCAACAAUUUCUCAAUCUCUGACCAGACUAAAAUGUUUCUUGCUAAUCAUGACAGCGGUUCAGUUGAAAGCAGGUGGAAAGGCUGUUGUGGCUCUGACAAACAUAUAUCAGGAUCAAACAUAAAGAAAGCAGAGGGGAAAGUUAAUUUGGAAGCCAUGAAUAGUUCCAUUAACUUGCUCUCAUCUGCUGCAAAGGCAACAAAUACUGCUCCUGGUUCAGCUUUAGUACAUACAAAGCAGAAAAAGUUGCAGAGUUCUCCCGAGACUGCUUUAUCUGUGGUUUGUGAUCCACAUCUUAAUUCAUUUUAUAGGCCCACUUGCCAUUUUUGUGGACUGUUUGGGUCCUUGAGAUGCACAAAGUGUAAACAGAUACAUUAUUGUUCUGUGGAUUGCCAGAGGAAAGAUUGGCAAAUGCAUAGCAUGGUCUGUAGGCCUGUUGAACUGAAUUCAGAUAAAGUUGAAGAUAAUGCAAAAUCACCAGAUGAAGUUAAGAAAAAGGAAGGUAUACUGUUUGUGAAUACUAACAGAACAGAAGAACAGAACAUGGCAAAAAAGUUUUCUGAUCUAACCACUUUGGGGCUCAAAAAAAAUAUGAAAAUACAGGGCACUGUGACAGAGUUCUUUAAUCCUAGUGAAUUCUACAUACAAGUCAGCUCUCCAGAAGUUCUAAGCAACAUUAGCAAACUUACUGAAAUUUUGAAAGAUCACGGUGAUAUUAAUCAUAAUGAAUACAUCCCUGCUAGAGGGGAAGUUGGUGUUGCAGAAUAUUCCAUGGAUAAGAAGUGGUACAGGGUGCUCAUAAAAGAGGUAGAUAUCCAUAAAAAGAGUGCUGAAGUGUUGUAUAUAGACUACGGAAAUGGAGAAAUUGUGUCAUUCAGCAAAAUUAAACGACUGGACAAAGAUAUUGCUCACUUUCCACCCUGUGCUAUUAAAUGCUGUGUUGCUAAUACCCUUAUAACCAAAAAAGAAUGGAAUGCAAACAUCCGAAGUAUUGUUGGUCCAAGUCUUAUAGGGAAGACUUGUUCAUUGACUAUUAUCAAUAUUUUGAUGGCUGAAAUGCCGUAUUUUGCUGUAGAUGUUACCUUGCUAAAUUCUGGUAAACAUAUACAUGAAAUAAUCUUGGAAAUGGAACAUGAGUGGAAUUCAAAGAAUGUGAAGAACAAAGAGGAUUAUUCAAGUACCGGUUCUAUUUUGGAAAAGAUUUCCAUUCAGAAGAGAAUUGGGAAUAAAGAUAAAAGUGGUUGUGUAACUCCAAAGAUUAUCUCACUAACUAUAGGAGAUGAAUUUUUGGGUAUGGUUGCCCAUAUACAAACACCAGGAGAUUUUUUUUGCCAACAGGUUGAAAAUGGCUGUAAACUAUCUGCACUUCAAGUAUCUCUGCAUGAAUACUGUGAGAAGGUCUCUGCUAUCCCAGAUUUCUGCCCAUCAGUGGGAGACAUGUGCUGUGCCCAGUUUACAGAAGACAAACAGUGGUAUCGUGCAUCAGUUUUGUCUUACACUUCUGAGAAAACAGUUCUAGUGGGCUAUGUAGACUAUGGAAAUGUUGAAGUCCUUCUGUUGAGUAAACUUCGGCCAAUAAUUCCAGAAUUAAUGGAAUUAUCAGUUCAAGCUAUCAACUGUACCCUAGCAGGUGUGAAGCCAGCAUCUGCAACCUGGUCUACAGAAGCAACUUCUGUCAUGAAGAAGCUACUGCAGAAUAAAAUGGUUGCUAUCAAAGUAAUGGAUAAGAAAGAUAAUACUUUUGUGGUAGAACUCACAGAUGAAUCUGUGACUCCAGUUAUAAAUGUUUCCAGAUACCUUCUAGAAACAGGGUUUGCGUUGGAGGACUCUCCCACUGCCUUGACAGUGAUUAAGCCAGACACGUCCGUUGGAGAAGUGAAUGGUGAAAAUCUGGACCAGGUUGAUUGGUCGUGGGUCAAAUUAAAACCCCAACAGGUGGUAGAUGUCCUGGUGUGCAUGCUGUAUAACCCCAGUGAGUUCUACUGCCACUCCUUAACCAAUAAUGACUCUCAGGCUCUGAAAGAUCUCAAUAUAUCUUUAGCAGAAUACUGCCAAAAAAGAGCUCCCAGGAUUUCCAAAGUAACAAAGGGGGAGCUGUGCUGUGCUUACUUUUCUGGUGAUGGUAGAUGGUAUCGCGCAUUGGUGGUAGAGGCUACUACAUUUGAAUUCUGUAAGGUUCAGUUUGUGGAUUAUGGAAAUUGUGAAGAAAUUACUCUAGAUAAAGUCAGACAGAUUUCAUCUGCAUUCAUGAAACUCCCAUUUCAGGCAAUCAAAUGUUGUCUGUCAGGUAUAAGGCCCACAAAUAAGGAAUGGACUACAGAAGCUGUAGCAAGACUGAAUAUGUGCACAGCUGGAAAGAAACUUCAGGCCAAAGUAGUUUCUGUAUCUGCAGAUACCACUGAAAUAGAGCUUACUGAUAUUUCCACUAGCAGUCCAGUAAUUGUUAAUCACAUUCUAAUUAAUGAACAUUUGGCUUUAAAAAAUGAAAUACUGACAAAUCAAAAUAUGCUGGCAGGUGAAUUGGCAGCCACUGAUUUUCAAGAAGUGUCUCCAGGCAUGCAAUGGACAGCAGCAGAAUUUGCAGUUGAUGAAACAGUGUCAGUCCGUGUAUUAGAGGUAGUAAACCCUGGCUUAUUCUAUGUUGUACCAAUACAACUCAAAGAUGAACAUAAGCUCCGUAAAUUAAUGAUUGGACUUGCAGAUUACUGCAACUCUCUGAAUGAACAUAUCUUCAAACUGAAAAUUGGUCAAGCCUGUUGUGCCAGGUUUUCAGGAGAUAACAACUGGUAUCGUGCUGUUGUUCUGGGAAUUUCUGUGUCAGAAGUUAAAGUUGUUUAUGCAGACUAUGGAAAUGUGGAAGUGCUGCCAUUUUCUAGACUUCGACCUAUAAUUUCACCCUACUUGGAACUACCCUUUCAGAUACUGAAGUGUUCCCUAGCAGGAAUCACGGAGCUGGAUAGAACGCAGACCAAAAGAGCAGCAGAUGAUCUGAAAAGUCUCUUACUCAAUGAGUGUGUGAUCAUUACUGUUAAAGGAGUUAAUGAGAAUGUUCAUUCAGUAACCAUCCAGAAAAAUUGUGAAACUGGUAUUGUGGAUGUUGCAGACUUGCUCGCAGUUGAAGGCUUGACAGCAUGUAGUGACCGUGGAAAUCAUUGUGCAAAGAAACCUACAUGCUCCUGUGCAGAAUUAAUAAAGAAAGUUGCGAAACUUGAACAGCUUAUUGAUCUUCUCCUGAAGGACCGCUUUGGUGAAGAUAAGAUAUCUGAAAUUGUAAAUUCCCUUGAAGGCUAAAGCUGUGUUGGAGUAUAUGACAUUAUGUACUGCUAGAAUAUUGUUAAAACUCACUGUUUCAGCUUUUUUAAGAAUCCUGACUGACAAUCAUAACUAUGCCUGGAAGAACUAUCAAUAAAAUCAAUAUGCUUAGAAUUAGUAGAAAAAAUACAAUGUGCAGCCUUAAAUAUAUCAUGAAGCUGUUCAUAAUAUUGCAAUAUUUUGCCGUCCCUUCUAACACCACAACCAGCUCCGAAGAAUUCCCAAAGGGUCUCCAAAGCGAAGUAUCUAGGAUUGGGGGGGGCGUGGCUACAGGAGAGAAGAUGCCCUGCUUCCAUGAGCAGAAGAUGCAAAACACAGUGGCUUUAAUCCUGUUGAGGAAAACCAUAUGCAUAAAGACAAUAACACAAGCAACGUUCCCCUCUGGUUUACUGUCCAUCAAGAUGGCAGGCAUAAUGGAUGGCACAGUUUUGCUUUACCUGAUUAUAUAAGGCAAUAGGAUUCUGGCCAGUAAUUAAAGUCAAUGGAAAGUUUAGUGUUCUGUAGAAUACAAAUUGUAUCCAAGACAAUUAAGGCUGUUAAACUGCCAAGUGAAUUGUCACUUUUGUACCACAAAACAAUCAAAGCAGAAACAGUAGUAACACAACACUUGAAAGUAUAACUGUUUCCACACAGCCUGUGAUAUAUCCAAUACCUUGUACAUAAUUCAUUGCAUUUUAGAACACAAUACUGGCCUUCAGAGGAGAAUCAGCACAAUACUCAGUUCUUUCUCUUUUUCAUCUGUGUAGCUACUUGUUUUCUAUUACAGUUAGUUACACAGAUUGUUUUGUCAGUGUUCAUGUGAAAUUUGAUGCCUGUAGGUUAGAGAAGACUCUUCUUCAUUCUGUAACAUAAUAAGGAAGCUUUGGCACUCUAGAUGCCAUUUCACUCCCAUCAGGACCAACCUGCAUAGCCAGUGGUAAGGAAUUAUGGAAACUGUAGUCCAAAACAAAGUGCGCUGAUGUCCAAAGAAGGAACCCAAGUCAAAAAAAAGAAAUUACUCUAAAGGUCCCACCACCCCACACAUGCCUCGGGAGCACUUUAAUUAUUAAGUUUAAAUUUUGGUAUUUAAGUUUGUAUAUCUAGUCUAAUUUGGAAUUUGAAGUAACUGCUUCGGUACUCAGAAGCUUUCGUAAGAUGGCAUUGCUGUAUAUUUAACUGUUAUAGAUAAUAAAUCUAUUUUUCAUUUCCUGAA